GAAAAAAACCAAAAAUAUUUGCAUGACGAAUCCCUACUGAAAGCCUGCCUCUUACUCUCAAUUGUGUACCCCUUUUCCAGAGCUUUAUUUUCUCGCCGGAAAAACGAACUUCGCCGGAGACUCUAUCUCUGCUUCCGUUAAAAUGGGGAGCAGCAGCGGUAGCGAUGUAGAAGCAGGAUUUGCGAAGCUACAAGGUGAAGAUUUCGAAUAUUACAUGCAAACUUAUUCCAUAAUCCUCGGUCGGAAUUCCAAGAAAUCAACGGUGGAUGUUGAUUUAUCAUCUUUAGGUGGUGGAAUGAAUAUCUCCCGUCACCAUGCUCGUAUUUUCUACGACUUCCAACGGCGUCGUUUUGCUCUUGAAGUGUUGGGUAAAAAUGGGUGUUUAGUUGAAGGCGUUCUUCAUCUUCCUGGUAAUCCACCUAUUAAACUUGAUUCUCAAGAUCUUCUUCAGAUUGGUGAUAAAGAGUUUUAUUUUCUUCUUCCUGUUCGGAGUAUUCUUGGUGGGCCUAAUGGGCCUAGACAACAGCAUGUCAAUGUGAAUUAUCCGGUGACGGGUGCGGCGGCGGCGGUGGGACAUCAGCAUUACCAGCAACAGCAGUUGUCGCCGUCUCCGGUGACUAAUGUUGGUGUGGGGUAUGGUGAGGGAGGGAAAUUUAGAGGGAGAGAGUAUUAUGAGGAGGAAUAUGAUGAUGAUGAUGAGGAUGAGGAUGAUGAUGGUGAUGGUGGUUCUGUUGGUAAGAAGAUGAGGAGGAGUGAAGGGGGUGAGGGUCAGGGUGGUGGAUAUGGUUAUGGUUCGUGUGGUUCGAGUGGGAAAGCUUCGAUUUCUGGGCAAUUAGGAUUAGAUAAGAAGGUGGAUGGAAGAUUGCAUGCUGACAGAGAUUCUGACAAUCAGCAGCUCCUGCAGUUAGAAGAAAAGGAUGUUGUGUCAUCUGUAGCUAAUGUGCUGUCUGAUCUCUGUGGUCCGGGAGACUGGAUGCCAAUGGAGAAGCUUCAUGCUGAGUUGGUGGAAAACUAUCGCGAUACCUGGCACCAUAGUCGUGUGAGGAAGUACCUAACAUCGGAGGACUAUCCCAUUCCGGAAGCCAAAACGAAGCCAUGGUAUGGCUUGCUGGUGCUGUUACGGAAGUAUCCUGAGCAUUUUGUCAUAAAUACACGAUCCAAGGGACGAGUGACUUUGGAGUUCGUUUGUCUUGUCUCACUACUUUCAUGAGAACUUAUUGACAAUUUUUAGCUGUUUAGCGUUAGCUUUAGUUGAACUUCAAGCCAUUGAUGUCAAGCAUUGGGCAUGAACUUGAUAGUUUUGCUGGUUUGAGGUAGCUGAUAAUUCUUUUGAUAAAAUAGUCGAGAUGUGCGCAAGCUAGCCAAACACUACUUUCUAGAAACAGUCGAACCGAGCAUAAGAAAUUGAAGGCUCCAUCUUUUGUAUUAGUACUGCAUGAGGAGAGUUACAAAUUUUGAAUGUUUUUUUGGGAA